CAUGACCAACUUGGCAAUGAAUGGCAUGCAAAACAAUGGUAUGGCGAAGAAUGAAAUAGUUCGAACGCCUUUAUGUCGGAUGAUGUGUUUAUCUAUUUAUUCGCUUUUUGGGGUUUCUUUCCACACUCGAUUGGCCCUUUCAAAUUCCUGUAUCCACAUUGCAUCGAGCUGUGCUCUCUGAUUUCAUCGAAUUUGCAGGAAUUCUGAUUUUUUUGUAAGAUGGAUACGAAUGGAUACUCAAAAGAGGGUCUCCACAGAUGCAUUCUGGUUACUGGAGGUGCUGGAUUCAUCGGAAGCCACACGGUUCUGCAGCUUCUUAAUGAAGGCUAUGUAGUUCAUGUGAUUGAUAAUUUAAAUAAUGCGUCUGAAGAAUCGCUCAGAAGAGUACGGAGAUUGGCCAGUCCGCAGUUUCAACAUAAUCUGAUUUUUUCCCUGGGGGAUCUCUGCAGAAAGGAGGACGUAGAGAAGGUUUUCUCUUUGGCUAAAUUUGAUGCUGUGAUUCAUUUUGCUGGUUUUAAAGCUGUUGGUGAAAGUGUAGAAAAGCCAUUAAAAUAUUACAACAACAAUCUCAUUGGCACACUGAACCUAUUUGAUGUAAUGACAAGACAUGGAUGCAAAAAGAUGGUUUUUUCAUCAUCAACUACUGUCUAUGGUCAACCCAAGGUGAUUCCUUGUGUGGAGGACUUCCAACUUGCUCCAAUCAACCCAUAUGGACGCACCAAAUUUUUUAUUGAAGAAAUCGCUCGCGAUCUUCAGAAAGCAGAUCCUGAGUGGAGAAUUAUUUUGCUCAGAUAUUUUAAUCCAAUUGGAGCUCACCCUAGUGGCCAGAUUGGUGAAGAUCCCAAGGGAAUCCCAACUUGUCUCAUGCCUUUCAUCCAACAAGUGGUUGUUGGUAGACAACCUGUGUUGAAUGUAUAUGGUAAUGAUUAUCCAACAAAGGAUGGCACAGCGGUUCGUGACUACAUUCAUGUUGUGGACUUAGCUGAUGGUCAUAUAUCUGCACUGCAAAAGCUCUUCACAACAGAGGACAUAGGUUGCAGAGCUUACAACUUGGGGACUGGACAUGGUACCUCUGUUCUGGAAUUAGUGGCGGCAUUUGAGAAGGUUUCGGAAAAGAAAAUUCCUAUCAAGAUCUGUUCAAGGCGGCCGGGAGAUGCUACAGCUGUUUAUGCUAAUACAGAGAAGGCUGAGCAUGAAUUGGGUUGGAAGGCCAAAUAUGGGAUAGAAGAAAUGUGUCGCGAUCAGUGGAAUUGGGCAAGACAAAACCCAUGGGGUUACAAUUCUCCAUGAAUUCCUAGAUUGAUGACCAUCUAAAUAUGAAAUACAUCAUCAAAUUGUGUCAAUAUACUCAAGAUCAAAGCGAGGCCUGAAUCAUCUCUAUCUUGGCACUUUUCUUCAAUGGCAGUUUAAAUGUGCACUUACGGUCUAAGCUUUUUAGUCAAGUGGAUAUGGCUUUGUUCAAAGUGGGGUUCUUUCAGAGCAUGUUUAACGCACAUUAAAGAGGGGAUCUCUUCGUUUCCUCUCUUCAUUUUUAGACUGGAGGACUAAAAUAACACCUCCUAAAUCCAUAGAGGAGCCUGGUUUAUUUUAGAGAUAAAAAUUUCUCGUUUUUUACUUCUAUUCUGCAGCAUACUUGUGCUUUUUCAUGCAAUUGUUACAACAGGAAAAUUUCUUUAGCUGUCUAGUUUCAGAAAUGUGUUAGUUCAAAUGUAACGUAUCUUGUUAAUAGGUGACCAAUCAAAGGAAUCCAGGUGUCACAGAUUCAACAAUGUGGUUUGGUUCGUUAUUUUGAAAAAUUCUAGUCAAUAAGCCUUCCUUUAAGCUUUGGAAGUGCUGAAGGGUGUUAACUUAGUAUCUGGUCAUUUUUAAAUAGCAUUUCAUGGUUUGAACUUGGGAUAUCUCCCGAGGACUACCAUGAAUUCCUUCCUAAACCCAAGGGUGGAUUUGUAAGGCUUCUACGCCUCCUUUACCAUGGUUUUCUUUUCUUAUUAAUAAACAAAUAAUUCUUAUGGAUGCAA